AUGGCUUCCAAACUCCUGCGUGCGGUCAUCCUUGGGCCGCCAGGCUCAGGCAAGGGCACCGUGUGCCAGAGGAUAGCCCAGAACUUUGGCCUCCAGCAUCUCUCCAGCGGCCACUUCUUGCGGGAGAACAUCAAGGCCAACACGGAAGUUGGUGAUAUGGCAAAGCAGUACAUAGAGAAAGGCCUUUUGGUUCCCGAUCAUGUGAUCACACGCCUCAUGCUGUUGGAGCUGGAGAACAGGCGCGGCGAGCACUGGCUACUUGAUGGUUUUCCUCGAACAUUAGUUCAGGCUGAAGCCUUGGACAGAAUAUGUGACCUGGAUCUAGUGAUCACUUUGAAUAUUCCAUUUGAAACGCUCAAAGAUCGUCUCAGCCGACGUUGGAUUCACCCUCCCAGUGGGAGGGUAUAUAACCUGGACUUCAACCCACCUCAUGUACAUGGGACUGAUGAUGUCACUGGUGAACCACUGGUCCAGCAGGAGGAUGACAAGCCUGAAGCAGUUGCUGCCAGACUGAGACAGUACAAGGAUGUGGCAAAGCCAGUCAUCGAGUUAUACAAGAGCCGAGGAGUGCUCCACCAAUUUUCGGGAACCGAGACUAACAAAAUCUGGCCCUAUGUUUACACACUUUUCUCGAACAAGAUCACACCUGUUCAGUCCAAAGAAGCCUACUGA